AUGGCAGAACCAGAAAUAGUAGAAGAUUUUUACGGCGUCUACCUACUUUAUUCAAUAAAUCCAAAAUAUAAGGGUCGAACUUAUAUUGGAUACACUAGAGAUCCAAAUCGACGAAUUAUGCAGCACAAUAGAGGCACUUGGGCAGGAGGAGCUCAUCGUACUAGUAACAGAGGACCUUGGAAAAUGGUGAUGAUAACACACGGCUUUCCAAACAAUAUAUCAGCAUUGAGAUUUGAGUGGGCAUGGCAGAAUCCAAACAAAACCACAAGAUUGCAACAUCUUGAUCUAAAGAAAAUUGCCCGUAAAGAAUCAGAUUUUCAAUUCAAAUUAAGAGUAUUUACAGAAAUGCUUAAAGUUGGUCCUUGGUGUCGUCUUCCAUUAGUCAUAAGAUGGCUAGAAAGUGAUUUUAUUGAAGAAUUUUUAGCUGACAGAAAACCACCAAGUCAUAUGAUCAUUUGCCAAGGCCCAGUUAAAAGUAGAAAUCUUAAACUAAAAAAUAUUAUAGAACCCAUUCCGACAAUUGAGUGUCUAUUAUGUUCUGGAUAUUUGAAAGAUAAUGAAAAACUUACUUGUAUUAGCCCAAAGUGUGAUUUAGUCGCUCACAUAAGUUGCUUAGCUGACAAGUUACUGCCAGCUGGAGAAUAUAUACCUAUUGAAGGUCAUUGCCCAUUUUGCAACAUUAAAUUGAAAUGGGGAGAUCUUAUAAGGAAAAUGAAGGGGUGUAAUGCAAUGACCUAUGACAGUGGCAAAAGUGAUGAAUUGAAAAAUGAUAAACUUUGUAAUGAUGAAAGUGAUGACGAUGUCGUUUGUACGCAAUAUAAGUCGUUUGUGGAUACACCUUCAUGGUUUUUAGAUUGUAAUGAGGAUUUA